CCCGAGAGAAAUGCCAAUGUCCUAGGGGUCUCCUGCAAGUGACACUCCACGGCGCCAAUUGACUCCUUUCUUCCUGGCGGCCGAGCCCUCCUCCCCGCAGCGGGCCUGGCGGGGCGGGGACGCUGCGCGGCCGCGGCUGAUGCGCUAGCCGUGUGGGGCUCUCCAGGCGGCGACGGCGGCCCUCGUAGGCGGUUUCGGUCCUGUAUCUCGGGGCGGCGGCGACUCAUGGCGGCGACGGAGCUGAGAGGAGUGGUGGGGCCGGGCCCGGCAGCCAUUGGAGCUCCGGGCGGCGGCGGCACCGGUCCCCCCGUGGGGGGAGGCGGCGGUGGCGGCCGCGGAGACUCGGGGCCAGGCUCUGGGGGCGCGCCCGGCACGGUGGCCGCGGUGGCUGCGGGCGGCCCGGGCCCCGGGGCCGGGGGAGUGGCGGCUGCGGGCCAGGCCCCUGCGCCGCCGGCGGGGGGCUCGGGCGCCGGGGGUUCGGGCUCGGCUCGAGAGGGCUGGCUCUUCAAAUGGACCAAUUACAUCAAAGGCUACCAGCGGCGGUGGUUCGUGCUGAGCAACGGGCUCCUGAGCUACUACAGGUCAAAGGCAGAAAUGAGACACACCUGCCGUGGUACCAUCAACCUCGCCACAGCUAACAUCACCGUGGAGGACUCCUGCAACUUCAUCAUUUCCAAUGGAGGUGCUCAGACCUACCAUCUGAAGGCGAGCUCAGAAGUGGAGCGGCAGCGCUGGGUGACGGCCCUGGAGCUGGCCAAGGCCAAGGCUGUGAAGAUGCUGGCAGAAUCGGAUGAGUCAGGAGAUGAAGAAUCUGUCUCACAAACUGACAAGACUGAGCUGCAGAAUACCCUCCGGACCCUUUCCAGCAAAGUGGAGGACCUGAGCACGUGCAACGACCUGAUAGCCAAGCACGGCACAGCGCUGCAGCGCUCCCUCAGUGAGCUGGAGUCCCUGAGGUUGCCUGCUGAGAGCAACGAGAAGAUCAAACAGGUCAACGAACGGGCCACGCUCUUUCGGAUAACAUCCAAUGCCAUGAUCAAUGCCUGCAGAGAUUUCCUCAUGUUAGCCCAGACCCAUAGUAAAAAGUGGCAGAAGUCUCUACAGUAUGAAAGAGACCAGCGCAUCCGACUGGAAGAGACCCUUGAGCAGCUGGCGAAGCAGCAUAAUCACCUGGAGAGAGCCUUCCGAGGGGCCACGGUGCUGCCGGCAAACACUCCCGGCAGUGCUGGUUCCGGUAAAGAUCAGUGCUGCUCUGGCAAAGGAGACAUGAGUGAUGAGGAUGAUGAGAAUGAAUUUUUUGAUGCUCCUGAGAUCAUCACCAUGCCUGAAAAUUUGGGCCAUAAACGUACUGGCAGCAACAUCAGUGGAGCCAGCAGUGACAUCAGCCUUGAUGAACAGUACAAGCAUCAGCUGGAAGAGACCAAGAAGGAAAAGAGAACUAGAAUACCAUACAAGCCAAACUAUAGCCUCAAUUUAUGGAGCAUCAUGAAGAACUGCAUUGGAAAAGAACUCUCUAAGAUCCCCAUGCCGGUGAACUUUAAUGAGCCCUUAUCCAUGCUUCAGCGCCUUACUGAAGAUCUGGAAUACCAUGAGCUGUUAGACCGAGCUGCAAAAUGUGAGAACUCUCUAGAACAGCUCUGUUAUGUUGCAGCUUUCACCGUGUCCUCCUAUUCCACUACUGUCUUCCGUACCAGCAAGCCAUUCAACCCACUCCUUGGGGAGACCUUUGAGCUGGACCGAUUAGAGGAGAAUGGGUACCGAUCCCUCUGUGAGCAGGUGAGUCAUCAUCCCCCUGCUGCCGCGCACCAUGCUGAGUCCAAAAAUGGCUGGACAUUGCGUCAGGAAAUCAAAAUCACCAGCAAGUUUCGAGGCAAAUACCUCUCCAUUAUGCCCCUCGGUAGCAUCCACUGUAUUUUUCAUGCAACUGGGCACCACUACACUUGGAAGAAAGUUACCACAACAGUGCACAACAUUAUCGUGGGCAAGUUAUGGAUAGAUCAGUCUGGUGAAAUUGACAUUGUGAAUCACAAGACAGGAGACAAGUGCAAUCUUAAAUUUGUUCCUUAUAGCUACUUUUCUCGGGAUGUAGCAAGAAAGGUGACAGGGGAAGUGACAGAUCCAUCAGGAAGAGUUCACUUUGCCCUUCUGGGGACGUGGGAUGAGAAAAUGGAUUGUUUCAAAGUACAUCCAGUCAUUGGGGAGAAUGGGGGUGAUGCUCGACAGAGAGGCCAUGAAGCAGAGGAAAGCAGGGUCAUGCUGUGGAAAAGGAAUCCUUUACCGAAGAAUGCAGAAAACAUGUACUACUUUUCAGAGCUUGCUCUAACUCUCAAUGCCUGGGAAGCUGGCACUGCCCCUACAGACAGCCGAUUACGGCCCGACCAGAGACUGAUGGAAAACGGGCGCUGGGAUGAAGCAAAUGCUGAGAAGCAGCGCCUGGAGGAAAAACAAAGACUUUCCAGAAAGAAGAGAGAAGCAGAAGCUAUGAAAGCCACAGAGGAUGGCACACCCUAUGAUCCCUACAAGGCACUGUGGUUUGAGCGGAAGAAGGACCCUGUUACCAAGGAGUUAACCCAUAUUUAUCGGGGAGGAUAUUGGGAGUGUAAAGAAAAACAGGACUGGAGCACAUGCCCGGACAUUUUCUGAAGCAACAGUAACAAAAAAGAGGAGGAUCCACAGGAGAAGAGGACAGAGGAUGUGUGGAAAGCUGGCAGUUGUGGCUCUCUCACCGAGUGCUUUCCUCAGAUUUGUCUGUCUUAACCAAUCAUUUUUCCCCAAUCAAUCACCAGAAGCAGACACCAGUGGUGGUGAUUGGCUGGUUGCCUUAGCUGAUUGAAACUGAAAUCGACAUACUAGAUACCUGUGUCUGUAAGGGAGAAGUUUAGUGGCUGAACGUUAGUGUUAUUCCACUUUCGCAAAGUCAAGUAUUCUUGACUCUUCCUUCUCCCUCUGCCCCCAUUUAAGAUGGUGUCAUUCACCCUCCCCUUGUAGUAUCCUGCUCAGCCAAGAUCUACGUUGAGAUUAUGAUUCAGGGGCAUUUUGGUGCUGUUCAGAGCAAGAGCUGAUUUUAGAAAUUCCUUUAAAAAGAAACAUAUAAGACUUACCAACGGAGGCAUCGUGAAUGAUUGUGGUGACAUGGCAUGGCAUUAUGAAAUGUGUUCACCGAUGGGGUCAGUUUAACAGGGCGUCCAUGCGUAGAUAAUUGCGGUAUUGGGACACUUGCGAGAGGAAUUGUUCUGUAAGGUUGGAAUUUUCAGCAUUACAUUCUUGGAAGGUUCUGUCUUCACUUGCAUAACACACCCUUCUGCUCUUCUCCAUCCUCUUUGAUAGCAAGUGGAGGCCACUUCUGUGGUUGGUAGGAGGGUUGAAUUAAUCCUCACAAAGGGGUUUUACGGACUUCCUCAGGUGGAGAACUUCUGAGAACACGAGGCAGGAUGGAUAAAGAGUGCUAGCCACUUUCGCUUUCCCAGUUCCUCCUCCCCGCAUCCUUCAUUCCCUUUCUAGCUUCUCUUCUCUCUCGGCACAAUACCAGUUUGCGUCUGUGCCCCAGUAUGGAGCAAAACAUUACCUAUCCCAUUCUGAUUCAGAAUUUGAGAGAAGAAGUUAGUCUGGAAUAAAAGUUUUCACCAUCUCUCAAGCCCCAUGGACUGGAGCCACCUCUGGAAUAAUGUGUUACAUAUCUGUAUAUUAUAUAUAUGUAGAGAAAAAUCUAAUUUUUUUGUUUAAUUUUCCUUCUUCCCAUUAAGAAUCUUGUUUUUUGAUAUCACUUGUCUCCCUGGAACUCUCUUGGACACAUUGAUGUGGAUUGGAGCCUGCUCUGCUUUCCGUCUGUGAGGGGCAGACAGACUCAAAACCUGAGCAGGAUCGUGUCUGGCACUCACCGAACAGGGCCUGUAUCCAUGGUUUGUAUCAUGGGGUGCCCACUGCCGUCUCAACUCUGCUCUCCUAAUUACCUGACUCUUGAAAAUGGAAUCUUAACCUCUUUCCUGCCUUUUUUCCUUCUUUUGUUAGGAAGAAUAUGGGUAGAAAGUCAGGAGGGUAAUUUCCAGUUUAAUUCUGCCUCUGUCCCGGUCACAGCACACACAGCCGAUUCCCAAAAGAACCUUCUUCCCAGGAGAUGGGGCUCCAAGCACCAUCAUGUGGGCAGGGAAAGAGGAUGGCUCUGGCGGGGCCCUGGCUUCCUUCCUUCUGUGUUCUGUACUCGUUUUAGCUGUCUUGUUCAGAACUCUGACCCCCUGUGCAACCCACCCUUGGUUGAGGAUCACAAAUUGAGGUGCCUUCCUUGUAUGCUUUCUGUUAGUGUUUUCUGUUUCUGUUCCUUAACUGCUGAGCCUCAGCCAGUGUGGGUCGUGAGGGGAAAUAGCAUUCCAGAGGAAGCCAGCCCUCCGGGACAGCUGGGUUAUCCUGGGUAAAUUAGUACUCUCAUUCCUUCCCCGCCAUCCCUCCCUUCCUGGCUGGGAUGAACUUGAGAGAGAGGGAACUGCUGGGGAACUUCCUCCUAAGGACCCGAUUCCCUACAUAAGCAAGGGUGACAUAAGCAAGGCUUACGCUGGGGCGGCUUUCAAGAAGGUCGGUAAAAGCACUGACCUAGUCAGGGGCUCCAGACAGAGUGGGGAUUCCCAAACUAAGCUGAACUGCCUUGCUUUAUCCCCCUUUUCUUCCUCUACCAUCUGCACUACAUUUCCGGCCUGAUCCCCAGUCAGAGUCCUGCGAAUGGAAGAAGCUUUGAGUCCUUCAGGUGAAAUAAAGUCACAUGAAAACAAAACAAAACUAUAUAUAUUUUCGGUUUUUUUGCCUUAUUGUUUUUUUUCCAAGAAAACUACUAAAUUAAAUAAUU